GUGAGAGCGGAGAGCUGUCAUGGCGAGUCAGUCAGCAGGGAUCCAGCAGCUGCUCCAGGCGGAGAAGAGAGCGGCCGAGCGAGUGGCGGAAGCCCGGAAAAGGAAGAACCGGCGUUUGAAACAGGCCAAAGAGGAGGCGCAAGCUGAGAUCGAGCAAUACCGUCUUCAGAGAGAGAAAGAUUUCAAAGCCAAAGAGGCUGCUGCUCUCGGCUCACAUGGCAGCUGCUUAGAAGAGGUGGAAAAAGAAACCACUGAGAAGAUGUCCAUUAUCCAGCAGAACUAUGCAAAGAACAGAGAGAAGGUUCUGGAGAACCUGCUUUCCUUUGUGUGUGAUAUCAAGCCAGAAAUCCACUUGAACUACCGUGUGAAUGGCUAAUAACAGCAGCGGGUGUGCUCAAGGGCUUUCUUCCUCUUUUUUCUUUCUAUUUUUUUGCCUCAUGUUAUUUAUUGUGCUCUUAGGCAGUGAUAGCAGUCAUUUUCUCAGAGAUAGAAUUAACCCAAUAUGCAAAUGCUCUCCUGUUAUGGGGUAAUGACCACUGAACACCGUCUCUCACUGUAAAUCCCUGCGUGGGAAGUUGGGUUACACAAUAAGCCAUAUUAGCAGGGCUAAUCUUUGCAAAACAAAGAGACUUUCUAGUUCAGUAAGGGGAUGUGAAAGAGAAUUGGGUUGUUCUUAAGAGAGCAGGGGAGGGGGUCUGUGUAUUAAUAGAGUGAUUGCUCUCAGGAGUAAAGUAGAACUCGUUUGUACUUCAUCUUCUAGUCCAAUAGUUGCAUUUUCACCUGCUGAAUUAAAAUGUUUUGCAUUCUC